GUCUGUGAACUGUAUCAUUUGCAUGGCCAAUGACAGUCUGGGGCCCAUUCAAAUACUUGAAAUAGUUUCCUUGCGAAAGGAUAGGAAGACUAAAUGUCGCAACCAUCUUCGAAAGAGUCUAUCUACCUCCCGUGGAUUAUUGUUUGUCUGAGUUGGGAGGAAGAGAAUGGCUCGGCGACCGCAGUCUGGCUUCGCUCGUCCAGGCACGGCACGUGCAGCUGGAACACGAGUGGAAAUAACCAGUCCAACACUUCCCGACUUCGCAACGGUUGUCCGAGUAGCGCGUCCGGAGACACCAACCACUUCUGGACAGAGUGCAGAGGAAAUGUGCGUGUUUGCGACUGACGAACCUAGCAAUACUGUUGCCAAGCGUCUAGUAAUCAAGGACGAUGUCCUUUCACUCGCUGGCCAGUUGAUACCGGGAAGUGUCGAAGGUGGAGGAGGUGAGAGUGAAUACGAAUUUGAUGCUGUUCUCCAAUGGAAAGAUGAACAGUCAGUAUUCUACCGCAGCGUCGUUCAACAUGUCGUGGAGCAAACGCUACAGGGUUAUCAUGGCUCGAUCAUUGCUAUCGGUCCCAGGCACACAGGCAAGGCGUACAGCAUGCGAGGUCCUGAUCCUAUCACUGAGGAGCACGGUCCGCGAGUUCGCUUGAACAGAGGUGCAAUCCUACGCGCCGCUGAGCAAGUGUUGCAUUGCCUACAAGUGUCGCGAGGAGCGGCACGAGGUUUAGUGGUCGUCGUCUCUUAUGUGUGGAUUUCGAAUGAAGAAAUAUAUGAUCUGCUCAGUGCGAACGAUCUAGAACCAUCAGCUGAUGCUCCCAGCUCAAAGCAGUCUAGCUCAUGCCAGAGAAUUGCUUUGGAUGAUGACGGGCAACUGGAAGGUCUUUCAGAGCACGUAGUGUCUACAGCUAGCGAAGUAGAACAUUUACUGCACAGAGGCAUUGCCCAGGAUAAACAGCUUUGUGCGGAGCAGUUAAAUCAACGUAGCAGACAUGUCAUAUUCACGAUUACUGUCGAACACCGUGGAGGCAUGGGGAGUGACUUUGCACCCAUUAGCGGCGUGUUGCGUAUGGUGGAGCUGGCAGAUUGGACGGAGGCCGUCGCUAACAAAGCUGCAUGCCACGGGAACGAGUCACAGAGGAUCGGCUCGGCUAGCAGUGGCACCAUGGAUUCUCAGUUUGAUAAAUCGCUUGUGGAGUUCAUCCGGACCCUGCACAUUGCUGCUGAGCAAGAUGAGGAGGAGGAUGCAGGCACUGCAGCAGCAGCAGUGAAUGAGUCCGUUCUGCUGAAGCUCUUACCCGGCUGCAUUGGUGGCAACAGUAAGACGGUAUUGGUGUGGAACGUUUGUCCAAGCAGCCAAUAUGCACAGAUCAGCAAGAAAAUUGUGUCCACCGCGGCCACGCUAAGCAAGAGCAUACGCAACAAGCCGAACAAACGUGAUCUUGCCGAGCAAGCCCUCAUGAAUGCUUACAUCCGUGCCUUGAAAAAGAAAUACCGCAAUCUUGUGUUUUCCAAGAAGAGCAAGGCAGUCGUGUCACAACAUCAAGGACUUUCAGCAGGUACACAGCAACUGGGCGGUGGCAGGCAUUCAGCCAGACCGAAGGGUGCUAAUCCGUACAAGACAAAGGCAGCAGCACAACCGGAUGAUGUCGUCUGGGAUCCGACAAAGGCUGGACACCUCCAGGCAUGGGAAAGCGGCCAAGCAUCUAGCCCUUCCCAAGCCCGGCAUUCGGAAGGGCUCGCUGCUUCCAAAGCCCAAUGUGCUGGUGAGCUUGCCACUCAUCGGCAUGACAACCAGUUCCCCACUCAUAGCAACAGUCCUGCACACCUUAACGACCCUGACCAAUCACAAGCAAGUGCCGAUGAGUACAACUUUGAUGAUGUGGAUGAACAUGCAGCUUCGGCAGAUACAGCAUUAGCCCUGGGCCAGGCAGCGGCGGUGCCUAGCAUAUCUGCUGAGGAUGCUGCCAAUAUGCUGGCUGCAGCUGCAGGUCAGUACGACAGUUCAGCAGGAGAUUAUGGCUAUGAGCAGGAUGACCAACGCUCUGAGCAACAGUCUCAGCAGCAACAUCCGCAUCUACCUGGCCAGCUGUGCGAUCAACAGCAGCAGCAGCAACAGGCAGCUGAUCAGCAUGGGAUACAGCGGACUUCAUCAUUUCAUCACCCUGGAGACGUAUCCAGUAUCUCUAGCAGAUCGCUAGAUCUCCUAAACGGUGAUACAGCUAGCGUGGCAUCUCAUGGCUUGGCCAGCUUAGCAUCUCACACGCAAUGGGACAAGAGCAGUCCAGGUGCUAACAGGCCUAGUGCCAAGACAUCAGGUCGAAAGUCUUCUGGUAGCAUGUCAGUGGAUAGUCAGUCAUUGACAAGGUCAACGAUUAGCAACCGCGCUAUGUCAGCAAGUAGAGCAUCUGACCAUGCGCAGUCUUCUCUGCAGUCUUCUCUGCAGUCUUCUCUGCAAAGAGCUGGAUGCACACCACCAACAUCAGCAACCUCACCGCUGGCAGCUGUCACGACGCCAUUGCCUGGCAUGACACAAGGAUCAGAACAAACCACUCAGCCACGAAGAGGCUCUGGAGAUCUACUCACUCAUUCAUCAGAUCAACUGCUACCAGCUUCUCAGAGGCAGAGAUCCACUGGGACUCGGAAUAUGCUAGCCCAAGGUUCAAUUGAUGGCAUGGCAACCAAAGCAACCCAAAGUGCAGCUGAUGGCAUAGCAACCCAAAGUGCAGCUGAUGGCAUAGCAACCCAAGGUUCAGCUAAUGGCAUAGCAACCCACAGUUCAGCUGAAGGCAUGGCAACCCAAGGUGCAGCUGUUGACAUGGCAACCGUGGCAACCCAAGGUGCAGCUGGUGACCAAGACCGGCAUCAUGCAUUGACUAUGGAUGCCAAGCAACCUACAAAUAGUGACAAUGCAAGAAGAGCCGAGACUGGCAAUAUCCAUGUAACACCGAAUCUAGUGUCGGCAAUCUUGGCUGGUGAUCAGAGUGCAUGCACGGUGGACUCCAUCAGAUCUCUACUCCUCUCUCUGUGUAGAGUGUUUCAAGGUGAUCUUACGGGUCCUACUGAUGCUGUUGCCGGUGGUGCUACUGGUGUUGGUGCUAGUGCCGGAAUGGCUGAUGAUGAUAUUCUGGAGCAAAGUCAGUAUUGCUGUGUUAGUGGCCAGGACUUGGUGAGCUACAUCCAUGAACAGAUGAUGGAGAGGACGGUUGAUCGUGAUAGCGCGCUGUGGACAGCUCAACAGCUGCUCUCGUCAAGCCUAGUUGUGGCCCUGAUGAACAGCGGUGAUGACCCCAAUGCCUCAAGAGAGUUCUGUGAUGACACUGCUAUCCAGUAUACCGUGCUAACGUCAGCUAGAGCUAUAGCAAACGCCCUCAGCUACUUUCACCAGGAUACAGCACAUGAUGCUGGUAAUCAACAGCCAGAGCAGCAACAACAUCAUCAGCAGCAGACCGGCAUGGUGAACAUGCCAACACAUUCACGUGCUGCUCAUCAUGGCUAUGCUGGUGCUGGUGGUGGUGAUCAGGGUGAUGCAUACUACCAGCAUGAUGCUGAGCAUAGUGCACAGGGAGCAGCCUACCCACAAGGUUUCCAUGGUGAUGAUGAGAUUGUCUAUGACUACCAAACAGGUAGACCGUACAGCCCACCCCAGGAAUUAUCACAGUAUGCUGAUGUAGAGCCAUUUGAUGGCGAGCAGUUCAUUCUGUACCAAGACCGUGUUCAUCCAUUCCAUGCUGCAUGCGGUCUCGGAAAGGAGGCGGGAAUGCUCCGAAAUCUAGUCCUGAUGUUUGGUAUUGAACACUGUGACCGACAACAGCACACUCCAUUGAUGUUUGCUAUCCUCAGUGACAAGCCAGCUUGCAUUACGUGCCUGUUGGAAUGUGCGGCUGAACCGACCAAGUACGAUGGGGACGGCUACACGGCUCUGCACCAUGCCACACGACUUGGCCACUAUCGGUCUGCCGCUACCAUUCUUAGCAAGGUGAAACAUGAACUCAUCAGUACCAUGAUUGAUCAAGUUGAUAUGCAAGGGCUCAGUGUGCUACACUGGGCAACUCAGUUGAGAAGUGACAAGUGUCUGGAGCUCUACCUCAAACACAGUCGUCGUGGCCAUGUGAACAAGAUGGACUAUGAACAUCGCACUCCGCUAUUCUGGGCAAUCACCGAGAAGAACGAUCGGCAUGUUGAGCUCUUGCUGAGAAGUGAUGCUGACCCUAUCGUUGUGGAUAGCUUUGAAAGACCUGCCUGCCAGCUAGCAAUUCAGAGCCAGGCAGCAAACUGCCUCAAAGUGUUGCUUCGAUUUCGCUCAACCUUGGUGGAUGUGCUGGAUGGCAAUGGUCAGACUCCCUUACAUGCGGCUUGUCAAGAGAGCUCCGUAGACUGUUUCAAACUCAUCAUGAAAGCAGCACCAGGUAAGCAGUGGCAAGGCAUCAAUGCUGUUGAUACACUUGGUAGAAGUCCACUGCACUGUGCUACUCUAGCAAACUGUCCGGAUCUUGUUCAGCUGCUGUUGAACCUGAAGGCUGACGUGUGGCUGCAAGAUGUCAAUGGCCAAACAGCUCGGCAAUGUGCCAAUUCUACAGGAAGCACGCCUUGUGAAGCAUUGUUGGCCCGUGCCGAGGAAGCUUUGCUCCGGAACCGCAACAAGUCCUCAUCAGUAUGUGCUCUCAUGUAAUUGUCAGCUGUGACAAGCAAUACCGGACUACUGCAUGCCUAGCUGAUGUGCCUAGCAUUCCCCCGCUCAGCGUAUCGGUGAAGUGCUCUGGCUGCAAUCAUGCCCCAUAGCAUCAUGCAGCAUGUCAUUGGGGGAAUGGCUGUGCACACGGCAUGUCACUAUCGGGCCCCAUACAGUCUCAGACACCAGCUACUAAACUCCACAGGCAUGUACAGACGCUCAGUUGAUCCACCGGAUGCGACUGGACGCAGGUAGACGUACAAACAACUGACUGCUGUGUCUAAACCAGUAGAGUAAUAGCAAGACUGCUGUGUCUAAACCAGUAGAGUAAUAGCAGUCACAGUGUGUACUGCCAUGUACCUGACAAGUGCCAGCCUUUUCUUUGCAGCCUUGAUUUCUGUACAAACUACUAUUGUGUUUUUAUCAGAGUCUUGAUCAUUCUCUUCUUGUUUGAGUGUUGAUGAUUUUAAUUCCGAACUUGAAUGCAUGUUUAAAAUUGU